UUAGACCUAAGAAAGAAGAAAGAAGAGAAAAGAUUGAAGAAGAAAAAGGGGAAAGGGAUGGAGAAGGAAAGAUACUCCAUCUAUAAGAGUGGAGUGACGAAAAGUUGGAUUGAUGUUAAAAUUAGAGAAGCUCGAAAGUUAGGAGUAGCAGCAAAGGAGAAGAAGAGGAGCAGAGUAGUGAAGAAGGACAGACUCAGCAACUUACCCGAUGAAGUGCUUCAUCGCAUACUUUCCUCUUUGGACGCAAAAUCAGCUGUUCAAACGUGCGUUUUGAGCAAGCGAUGGACGCACGUUUGGACUUCCCUCCCAGUCCUCAACUUCUGCGACUCUUCCUUCGACGAUUCUCUUUACUUCCAGUGUUUCGUGGACCAUGUUUUAUCUCGCAGAGACUCUUCCAGCAACGUCUACGAGCUCAACUUUGCUUGCACAGAUGAACUUGAAGAUGGCCACAUCGUUGACUCCGUCGUUGACCAUGUUUCACUCACAAGCAUUCAGGUUCUUAGCAUCCUCGCUGAAUGUGUCAUUGGGAAGCUUCCUCAACUCUCUCUCUGUCAAUCCCUCACCACUCUCAAACUUGCUCACAUAUCCACUGAAACAACAACCUUUGACUUCGUUUCCCUUGAAAACUUGUACCUUUUGGAUUGUCGUUUCGAGUGUGGGGUGGAAGAGCUUCUCGACCCUUUUAGGGGUUGCGUUAAUUUGAAACACUUGUAUCUUCAUCGUUGUCAGUAUUAUGGUGGAAUCCACAGGUUUCAAAUCUUCGUCCCCCAACUUACCCACUUGAGCAUUUCCUGGAUGGGAAUGAAUGAAAUGUUUGAUUCUGAUUGUGUUGUUGAGCUUUUCACGCCAAAGCUUCAAUAUUUUAGAUACCAUGACUCUGAUCUGUAUGAUUUUUCUAUUGAGGGCAACCUUCCUUUUAUAGAACAAGUGGAUAUUGAUGUGGGUUGUUUGACCAACGACACUGAUUCACUGCUUUUGCUGAUUCAAUUGUUUGAAAUGAUGGGAAGUGCCCGGUUUGUAUCCUUAUCACCUGCUAUCAUUCAAGCUCUAGCUAUGAUUCCUGAUCUACUGGAUGGUCGGGCUUCCCCUUUCUCUAGAGUGCAUACUUUCGAGUUAAACAUGGAUAGACCUUCCUCCUCCUUUGUUAUACCUCCUAAUGUCAUGGCCUACUUAUUUAGUGGAUCUCCUGCAUUUGAUUUCCAUGAAUGGGAAGGUUCAAAAGAGUGCAAAACAAUCUGAUUGAAGAUGCUUCCUGCUAACUUUGGUACUUUUAUCUUUUGGGGGAUUAUAAGUAGUUUCUCUUUAGUCUUGACAAAGAAUUACAAAUGUUCUUUAAGGAAUAGGAGUCUUGCUCAUAAAUUUGUUAAAUAUGCAGCAAAGACGGUUGACUUAUUGUUCAUAGUCAGUGUCAUAUUUGCUACGAAUGGUUAUUGGCUAUUUUGGGAUCUUUAGUCUGUUUUGUUGUAAAUAGCCUGUUGAAGGGAGCCUUUUUGCUCUCUAAUAUUGUAGAUUGCCAAUUACAUAGGGAAUCUCAGAUUCUCAAUUAUAUAUCACCUACAACCAGCAGCUUGUGGGGUUUUUUUUAUUUAUCAAAUUUGUCAUUUUUUCCUUCU